CUUUGAUGCCAUUGGCCGAUCUCUCUGCGUAGUGCCGCAUGUCUGUAACAAGAUGGCUUCCGCAAUAUUAUUGUUAUUGUUAUGUGCAUGAUCGCUUUAUAAAUACGACUUGUUACUUUCAUAUUGUAAAAUAAAGUUAUCAAGAAUCUGAAAAAUGUCUGAUCCGGUUAUAGCCUCGUUUCACGAACAACUAAAGCGAUGUUUUGAGGUUUUGAAAGUGAAUAAAAGUGUUUGGGAAGGUGUGUUGAUUGAAUGCACACCUCUUAUGAGUUCUCUUGGAAACCUAUCGAAUCAGAUCAAGGCGCUGAAAAACGUUCAGCUAGCGAACACACCUCUGGCCCGCUUCCCUCGAUUACAAGAACGCCUUCAUUAUAAACUCUCACUUGCCGUGGAUACAGUUCUGGAGAAGUUAGCUAACAAAAUGGAUGCUCUUCAGACAGUGAGGAACACCAUCAGUCAGCACGUGUCUGCUGUUUUCCAGUAUUAUGAGAAACACACAGACAGUCUUGACAUUGCAUAUUGUGUCACCAGAUCAGCCACCUGUCCGUCCAUCUCAGACAUGUUGGAGUGGCUUCAAGAUGCAGAUAGACAUUUCCGCGUCCAAUUACUUCAGAGAAGAACCUUUCUGCAGAUGCUAACACCCACCGAUGUCACAUUAAUGGAAACGGCACCAAAGAGAUGGGAAUCUCUGCAGUCGCCAACUAAAGAGGAGAGAAUUACAGAUGCACUGUGUCAAGUAUCAUUCUUCAUGGACAUGUAAGCUAAUAACAGCUUAGUGGUGAUCGGCAGGCCGCUGCCACGUCUUGUGCCUGCUAACUCGUCUUAGUAUGGCAUCAAGUAUUAAAGGGCUACCAGAGUCCUUAAAGAGACAUUUAUUACCUGGAGGUAUUAAAUUCAUGUACAGUAUUACAUCUUGCAUGGUAAUGGAGGAACUCAGUCCUUCGAAAGACAUGUUUAUCAUGGACUGUAUAUUAGCAUCACUAAUAAGAGCUGCUCUGUGCAGCACACAAUGAGAACACUGGUCUACAAAUUUUGGGAAAUUAUCGACCUUUGAAAUGAAAUGUGUUAAUUCGUAUGCAUUUUUAUUAGAUAAAAUAGAAAACAUGUGAUAAGGUGCUGGUUGGCUAAAGUUUUCAAGAUAUUUCACGAUAAAGAUUAUCUAUAGACUUUUUGCAUGUUUACAAACAGAGAUGACAUUUUUGUGUGGCGCAGCCCAACUGGUGGCAGAAAGUGACAGCUCUGUGACAAUAAUUUUAGAACAAACAGGAAGAAGAUAUAGGGUAUAUGAUAUAAGGUAACAAUAAAUAAUAGAAAACUGAAAAAUUGUGAAAUAUUUUAAAUGGUAUUACAGAAUACAUGAUAAAAUUGCUUUUUCAGUAUAACCGAUUCAAAUCUUUAAAAUGGUACCAUAUGAAGGUUUAUAAAUGUAUCUUCACUUCAAGACUAAAUUAUUGCCUAAAUUAAAUUAUUAUAAUAGAUUAUUAUCUAAUUGUAAUAUAUUGGUCUUUUAUUGCAGAGUUCGUUUGCCUUUGUCAGAUCUAUGCAUCAUAGAUCAAAAGCAUGAAAAGGUUACAUGAAAAAAAUAAGUGGUGUGUCAUCACAUUUUGCAGAAACCCUUUUUUGAUCUGAAGCUGUAUUUUGGAAACUAGAGCCAAAUAACACUCAGGACUUAUUUUUUUAUGUGAAUUUUAUUGACUCGUUUAAUAAAAUAAAUUGUUUACUGUA